GUGGUGAAAUAUUUUCACUGCAGCGCUAGCUGUAGUUUCUUCAGUUUUUCAUGCUACAGCCCGGCAGCUUGUACUUGUAGACGAGUUGCUGUAGGCAGCGCGGUGGUGUUAGUUUGGCGGUCUGCUGCUUCGUGUCGAAAUUUGUUUGGGUGCAGGCUGUGUAAGAAUCUGUGUAUUGGCCAAAGGGUUUCAUCGAAGUUUCCUACUGGCUCGGAGCCUCCAUUCGACUGCUCCAUACCAUCACGACGUCGAGAACUGGUACAGCCUGUCCGCCCACGACGUUCAAAUCGUGUCCAGGAUUCAAGCAAACCGUGACUCCUGGCUGCAGGAGCGCUCGUCACUGGACGUUCAUCGUCCCCGUUUGUCAUGGUGUUCCAGUGAUUCUGGAUGGUGAUCGACGUCCGUGACUUUUGUUCUUGUCGCAGUCAUGGCUGCAGCAGAGGGUCAAGCAGGCAACACAGGGCCAUGGUCAAGCCAGCAUUUCCGCAGUGAAGAUGCAGCAACUAGAGUAACUCAACGUCAAUCAGACCAGUUCAGCAGAAACCCAUUACCAUCACCCAGCCAAACAACUCGGUCUCCGCCAGCCACAGCACCCAAACCAAAGCCUAUUGUUGAACCCCAGGCCACUCACGCAUCUCCCUCCAAGCGCAGCAGUAUCUCCGAAAGGUUAGCGGCCUCGAAUUCAGCCAGCCAGGAAGGGAAACUGGCUGGAACUUUACCUUCGAAACCUAGUCGAGCCCCCAAGCCUCCCACUCGCCCAAAGCCCGUCACUCCCCACAACACAUCAAGAACAGUGGAAACUAAGGAUCCCGCUACGGUUCACAGUGUGCAGCCGGUAGUGACUUCUGAUCCCGUUUCUCCUCCACGACCACCGCUCUGUGACCGCCCACUACUAACGGCUGGCGGCAACCAGCCAGAUGGCACUGAGACGGCGACAUCUGGCCCAGCUGAUCCCAAGUCCUCUCCGAAACCUGGACAAGCUGCUCUUUUGAGGUCUGCUAGUGCCUCUACACUUGAAUCUAGUUUUGAAUGGGAUAGGCAAGAAACAGGGAGACUGGUCCCGGAUCGAGCCCCAAAGCCAAAACAGCGCCCAAACUCCACGUCAAUUGCCAGCACAGCUAGCUUGGCCAGGAGCCCAGCAAUAGCAGUUGGCGAAGACACGGGCGGACAUGCGGUGCAGCAUGGACAGCAACCAGCGCCCCCCGCAGAAGGCUUAUCUGCCGAGCACAUUGCUCCGCCUAAGACUGGACGCGAGUCGAUCGCCAAGACGGUAACAGGAGAUUCAGCAACGCCUCCCCGUGCAAACUCUCUGGGUCAAGCAGGCACCACAGGGCCAUGGUCAAGCCAGCAAUUCCGCAGUGAAGAUGCAGCGAAUAGAGUAACUCGUCGUCAAUCAGCCCAGCUCAUCAGGAACCCACCACUAUCACCCAGCCAAGCAACUCAGUCUCCGCCAGCCACAGCACCCAAACCAAAGCCUGUUGUUGAACCCCAGGCUACUCACGCAUCUCCUUCCAAGCGCAGCAGUAUCUCCGAAAGGUUAGCGGCCUCGAAUUCAGCCAGCCAGGAAGGGAAACUGGCUGGAACUUUACCUUCGAAACCUAGUCGAGCCCCCAAGCCUCCCACUCGCCCAAAGCCCGUCACUCCCCACAACACAUCAAGAACAGUGGAAACUAAGGAUCCCACUACGGUUCACAGUGUGCAGCCGGUAGUGACUUCUGGUCCCGUUUCUCCUUCACGACCACCGCUCUGUGACCGCGCACUACUAGCGGCAGGCGGUAACCAACCAGAUGGCACUGAGGCGGCGACAUCUGGCCCAGCUGAUCCCAAGUCCUCUCCGAAACCUGGACAAGCUCCUCCGUUCAGGUCUGCUAGUGUCUCUACACUUGAAUCUAGUUUUGAAUCGGAUAGGCAAGAAACAGGAAGACUGGUCCUGGAUCGAGCCCCAAAGCCAAAAAAGCGCCCAAACUCCAUGGUAGUUGGCAGCACAGCUAGCUUGGCCAGGAGCCCAGCAAUAGCAGUUGGCAAAGACACGGGCGGACAUGCGGUGCAGCAUGGACAGCAACCAGCGCCCCCCGAAGAAGGCUUAUCUGCCAAGCACAUUGCUCCGCCUAAGACUGGACGCGAGUCCAUCGCCAAGACGGUGACAGGAGAUUCAGCAACGCCUCCCCGUGCAAACUCUCUGGGUCAAGCAGGCAACACAGGUCCAUGGUCAAGCCAGCAAUUCCGCAGUGAAGAUGCAGCAACUGCAGUAACUCGACGUCAAUCAGCCCAGCUCAUCAGGAACACACCACCAUCACCCAGCCAAGCAACUCAAUCUCCGCCAGCCACAGGACACAAACCAAAGCCUGUUGUUGAACCCCAGGCUACUCACGCAUCUCCUUCCAAGCGCAGCAGUAUCUCCGAAAGGUUAGCGGCCUCGAAUUCAGCCAGCCAGGAAGGGAAACUGGCUGGAACUUUACCUUCGAAACCUAGUCGAGCCCCCAAGCCUCCCACUCGCCCAAAGCCCGUCACUCCCCACAACACAUCAAGAACAGUGGAAACUAAGGAUCCCGCUACGGUUCACAGUAUGCAGCCGGUAGUGACUUCUGAUCCCGUUUCUCCUCCACGACCACCGCUCUGUGACCGCCCACUACUAGCGACUGGCGGCAACCAACCAGAUGGCACUGGGACGGCGACAUCUGGCCCAGCUGAUCCCAAGUCCUCUCCGAAACCUGGACAAGCUGCUCCUUUCAGGUCUGCUAGUGUCUCUACACUUGAAUCUAGUUUUGAAUGGGAUAGGCAAGAAACAGGGAGACUGGUCCCGGAUCGAGCCCCAAAGCCAAAACAGCGCCCAAACUCCAUGGCAAUUGGCAGCACAGCUAGCUUGGCCAGGAGCCCAGCAAUAGCAGUUGGCAAAGACACGGGCGGACAUGCGGUGCAGCAUGGACAGCAACCAGCGCCCCCCGAAGAAGGCUUAUCUGCCAAGCACAUUGCUCCGCCUAAGACUGGACGCGAGUCCAUCGCCAAGACGGUAACAGGAGAUUCAGCAAUGCCUCCCCGUGCAAACUCUCUGGGUCAAGCAGGCAACACAGAGCCAUGUUCAAGCCAGAAGUUCCGCAGUGAAGAUGCAGCAAAUAGAGUAACUCGACGUCAACCAGCCCAGUUCUUCAGGAACCCAUUACCAUCACCCAGCCAAGCAACUAAGUCUCCGCCAGCCCCAGCACCCGAACCAAAGCCUGUUGUUGAACCCCAGGCUACUCACACGUCUCCCUCCAAGCCCGGCAGUGUCUCCGCAAGGAAGGUAGCCUUGAAUUCAGCCGGCCAGGAAGGGAAACUGGCUGGAACUCAGCCUUUGAAAUCCAGUCAAGCCCCCCAGCUUCCUACUCGCCCAACGCCCGUCACUCCCUACAACACAGCAAGCCCAGUGGAAACUAAGGAUCCCGCUACGGUUCACAGAGUGCAGCCGGUAGUGACUUCUGAUCCAGUAUCUCCUCCACGACCACUGCUCUGUGACCGCACACUAAUAGCGGCUGGCGGUAACCGACCAGAUGGCACUCAGGCGGCGACAUCCACCCCAGCUGAUCCCAAGCCUUCUUCUAAACCUAGACAAGCUGUUCCUUCCAAGUCUGCUAGUGACUCCACACUAGCAUCCAGUUUUGAAUCGGAUAGGUACGAAACAGUCAGACUGGAUUCGAAUCAAGCACCAGAGCAAAAACAGCACCAAAAGUCUCAAGCUGGUACCAGGCCAGCUAGCUUAGCCAUUGACCAAGCAAUAGCUGUUGGCAAAGACCCUGAUAAACAUGCAGUGCAGCAUGUCCAGCGACCAGCGCCCCCCGCAGAAACCUUAUCUGCCAAGCAAACUGCUCCGUCUAAGACUGGACGCUUUUGGAGUCGCAAGAAGGCAACAGGAGAUUCAGCAACGUCUCCCCGGGCAAACUCCCAUAGCCAAGCGGGCAACACAGGGCCAUGGUCAAGUCGAGUGUUCCGCAAGUGGAUCCCACGCCUCCAAGCAACGCUCAGCUGCAGCACAAUCCGCAUGGAAUGCCUGGGCAAAGAUUUGAUCUCCGAUAUGCAGAAGAAGGAAUUGAUGGCGAUAAAAGAUUCUGCCACACACAAUGAGCUUCUCCUAGAUAUGCUGAGCAGGGGUACAGCUAAGACUUUCCACAUUUUCUGUAGUAUUGUGCGUAGCGCCGAACCUGAAGCAAACUUUUCAAAGUUCCUAGAUGACAUGCAGUCAGUGGAUACCUUUGUUGCAGUUUCUCCGGAAUGCCAAAAAGACUGCAAUAAAGUAGUAGACCUGAUGAAAGAGUUCUCAGCACCGGAACGUCAACGGGUGGUCCACACUGCCGAGGAUGUGGCACGAAUGCGCACGUCACAGACCGUCCUCGACACGAGAAAGAAACUCAUCCACGUACCACAGCCAACCUCGCCUGUGAACGUAGACUUGCUGAGCAUGAGGAACAUGGGAGAAGAACAAAAGCAAGCGGCAUUGACUGAAAUCGACUGUUUGGCGUCCAACACUAUCAUCAUUGAUGACGUGAAGGACUGUGCAGAUGAGGCAGGGAAGUACCAGGGUCACGUGACACGGGCCGACGGCCAAGUUGAAAAAUCGCCAGCUGAUAUACGUAGAGAGUUAAGUAAGCACCCUUGUUUCAUCAGCAUGGGGUCUGCCAGGGACGGCCGCAGCAUUUCAGAGACCAAGCAGUACUUGAAGGAUACUGGCUUCAUCGACGAGAACACGGUCAUCACAGAGAUCACUGAAUAUGAACUAGUCCCUGUGACUAGGCUGGCCAUUCGUGACAGCAAACGACUGAAGUUUAAAGGUCAGCAUUACUGUGCUAGCAUGAUUGCGCGAUUGCUUGAUAAGGGAGCUGCUGGAUGCCAGAUAGUCUGUCAUUUUACAUAACUCAAGCCGCUUUAGGAGC